GACGCCGGUCCCUACCACCUAAUAUCCCCCGUCUGGGUGAGACCAAGUCGUUCGGACGCUCGGCAGUCUGUCACGAGGCGAAGAACGGGAACCACGGUAAUCCCGGCCUUUCCCCACGGAGAGUCGUUUUUUAAUCCGAGCGACGGUCGGCACCGCGAGGACGACACCGGAGCGCGUCCGAUACACGAGUCUGAGGCGCGAUCGCACCGCCGAUCGCGGUCUCGUCGUCUCGAGUGCAGUGCGUAAACGGGAGAAGGGAACGAACGACUCGGCGGACUCGCGAGAGGACCCCCUUUCGAUCGGUGUGACUUUGACUCCGCGGUGCGCGAGUACCCCGCGGGUCACCGGCUGCGACACCCCCGAGUCGAGAUGCUGACCGACAUGACCCCGGCGGCGGCUGGUCAACUCUAUCCCCAGCUACAGUCUAUCGCAAAGUCGCCGGUGCACGGGCCGGAUCAUCCGAGCUUACGAGGGACACCUUUGGCCAUGCUGGCGGCGCAAUGCAACAAGCUGAGCAACAAGAGCCCGCCACCGCUGGCGGACGCAGCUGUGGGCAAAGGUUUCCACCCCUGGAAGAAGAGCCCGCAGAGCAGCGGCAGUUCGCCACAGCACACCGGCGGGGGAGGCGGUGGCGGAGGUGGAGGGGGUGGCGGGAGCAGUGGGUGCACAACGACGGGAGUGAGCCAGAGACCGGCGGCGACGAGCAGCGCCGGCAGCACGACCGGUGGUUACGCCAGGGCGCCGGUGACGUCUUGCGCCUCGACCGCGCCACAAUAUGGUAGCGAAUUGUAUUUCCCCGGGACGGCGAGCGCCCAGCCGGCCGGUGACCCGCAUCACCAUCAAAGUAGUCUUCUGGGCAAGGUCGAGGGCGCGACUCUGGGCUCGGUGUACGGCAGGCAUCCGUACGAAUCGUGGCCGUUCAACGCGAUGCCGGGCGCAACGCACGGCGGUAUUAAAGCGAGCGACGGCUGGUGGGACAUGCACGGCGCCGCGACUGCCGGCGGAUGGCUGGACGUGAGCAGCACCGUCGGCGUCGGUGUCCACGCGGCGCAAAUGGCCAAUUACUCGGCCGACUAUUCGACGAGCCUAGCGCUGGCCGGCAAUCACUUGCUGACCACAGCUACGACGGCCGGUCACAAUCUCCUGCAAGAUACGUACAAGUCGAUGCUACCGGGCGGGCCGCCCGGAUUUGGGCUCCAUCAUCACGCGGCCGCCACAGCCGGCGCCGGCGCCGGUGCCGGAAGCCCUCAGGGCAGCGGCGGCGGUGUCGGCGUCGGGGGCGCCGGCGUCAGCCAAGCGCCCUCGCCGCGUUCGCAGAGACGCUACACCGGGCGUGCCACCUGCGAUUGUCCGAAUUGUCAAGAAGCCGAGAGACUCGGUCCCGCCGGCGUGCACCUCAGGAAGAAGAACAUCCAUAGCUGCCACAUACCGGGUUGCGGCAAGGUCUACGGGAAAACGUCGCAUCUGAAGGCCCACUUACGGUGGCACACUGCGGCACCUUCGAACCCACACCGGCGAAAAGAGAUUCGCCUGUCCGGUCUGCAACAAGCGGUUCAUGCGCAGCGACCAUCUCGCGAAGCACGUCAAGACCCACAGCAGCAGCAGCAGCAGCAGCGGCAGCAAGGGCAAGGGGGGAGCGGGGAGCUCGUCGGCCGAGUCCUGCUCCGACAGCGAGGACAACGGGAGUCAGCAGAGUCCCACUUCCAGCUCGGUGCCGCAGCCGCAGCCGCAGCCGCCGCAGCAGCAGCAGCAGCCGGCACAGGCCCAGCAGCAGCAGCAACAGCAGCAGCAGCAGCUGGCGGCGGCGGCGGCGGCGGCGGCAGCGGUAGCGGCGGGCCAGGACACCAGCAACACCACCUCCCCUCAGACCACCACCACCACUCUCGGCCAUCAGCCGACAACACCCAUGACUCCAAUACAGAUGACCCCGCCGCCUCUGACCCCACACCAUCCCCACCACCCGCAUCUCCCGCCUCUAAUGCACCAUCCUCAUCAUCACGCAACCUCCGUCCCGGCGGCGCACCACCCGCACGCGGGGAUGAGCAUGCACUGAGCCCGGUGGGGCCCGGAGCCGGUGCCUGCAGUACCGCUGCCGCAACGGCCCUGGGCUCCCCCCUAUCCUACCCCCUCAACCUGAACCUCAUGCAGAAUCACUCGACCAUCAAUCCAUCGACUCCCCAUCACCACCAUCAGCAACACCAGAAUCAUCACCAUCACCAUCACCAUCAUCAUCACCCAUCGCACCAACAGCAGCACUCGCGACAAAAUAACUCCUACUCUGUGCAACAGAAUCCUGGCACGCCGGGGACCGCGCAGACUCCCUCACCCUCGUCCCCUGCGCCUGUACAUAGUCUCUAAGCGGUUACGAGCGCACUCGCGUCCAACCACCGGUCACAAUCCACCGCACGUCCGUCCGCCGCGCUCAUACACGCAGGCACGAAUGAUACCUACACGUAGACACGAGUAC